CAAUCUCACUACUCUAGAGGAUGCCAUAGAUCUGGAGAAAGCAGACAUUCGCAGAUCAUUCAGUUUCCUUUUAAGAGAUCGAAACGCAGAACAGCGAGAUGAACCCACCACCAUGUAGCAAGUGCUAUUUCAUCUCGUACAUCUGGACGUUGCAAGUUCUGUUGUGCUUGGUCGUGAGUAACUAUGUUGUUGGGACUUUGCUGUCCUUCAGGACUUUCAAUGUAUCCGACACAACCUUGACUCAUUUAGUGGUCCACAAUAAAAGUGGAGUUGUGUACAUAGGAGCUGUGAACAGCAUCUACAAGUUAUCGGACAACUUAACCAUGCUGAGGUCCCAUGUCACAGGGCCAGUGGAUGACAAUGAGAAGUGUUACCCACCUCCCAGUGUCCAGUCCUGCCCCCACGGACUGGUGCACACCAAUAACAUGAAUAAGCUCCUUCUCAUCGACUACACCCAAAACAGAUUAAUCGCUUGUGGAAGUGCAUCCCAGGGAAUAUGCCAGUUCCUUCGGUUGGAUGACCUUUUUAAGCUCGGAGAGCCCCACCACCGCAAGGAACACUACCUAUCAAGUGUCAAUGAGGCGGGUACCAUGUCUGGUGUGAUCAUCGAGGGGUCCAACGGGACCAACAACAAGCUCUUCAUUGGUACUCCCAUCGACGGCAAAUCGGAAUAUUUUCCAACCCUUUCCAGCAGGAAACUGAUGGUCAAUGAGGAAAAUGCAGAAAUGUUUGGCUUUGUGUAUCAGGAUGAAUUUGUUUCAUCUCAACUCAAAAUCCCAUCAGACACCCUUUCCAAGUUCCCGGCCUUCGAUAUCUAUUACAUCUACAGUUUCAGCAGCGAGCAAUUUGUUUAUUACCUAACACUGCAGCUCGACACACAGCAGACGUCACCGGAUUCCAGCGCCGAACAAUUCUUCACGUCCAAGAUUGUCCGACUCUGUGUGGAUGAUCCCAAGUUUUACUCCUACGUGGAAUUCCCCAUCGGAUGCCUCAAGGAUGGUGUGGAGUAUCGCCUCAUCCAAGACGCCUACUUGACCAAACCCGGCAGAAUCCUAGCAAAAUCUUUGGGAAUCUCUGAGAAGGAAGACAUCCUCUUCACAGUCUUUUCUCAGGGCCAAAAGAAUCGAGUGAAUCCGCCCAAGGAAUCUGCUCUGUGCCUCUUCACCCUGAGGAAAAUCAAAGAGAAGAUUAAGGAGCGGAUUCAAUCUUGCUACCGGGGAGAAGGGAAGCUUUCGUUACCGUGGCUCCUCAACAAAGAGCUGGUCUGCAUUAAAUCACCUUUACAAAUCGAUGACAAUUUUUGUGGACAAGAUUUCAAUCAGCCACUGGGCGGGACAAAGCUGGUCGAGGGGAUGCUGUUGUUUGUGGACAAGGAGGACGGGAUGACCUCCAUUGCAGCCUAUGACUACAGGGGUAACACAGUGGUCUUCUUCGGGACCCGCAAUGGGAAGAUGAAAAAGAUUUUAGUGAAUUCCGUCAGCUUGGAUUCCGAGGGCAUCUUACUGUAUGAAAAUGUUUCUGUGGCAGACACCAGCCCAAUCCUCCGUGAUCUCGUCUUCAGCCCUGAUUACCAGCACAUCUACGCCAUGACUGAGAAGCAGGUGAGCCGUGUUCCAGUGGAGAGCUGUGAGCAGUACGAGAGCUGUGAGGUGUGUCUGGGCUCCCGAGAUCCGCACUGUGGCUGGUGUGUCCUGCACAAUGUAUGCUCUCGCAGGGACAAGUGUGACCGGGCCAGCGAGGCUCAACGCUUCACCUCAAACCUACGCAUGUGCGUCCAACUGAGUGUGCAUCCCAUGAACAUCUCGGUCACUAUGUCUGCUGUCCUGUUGAUGCUGCAAGCUCGGAAUGUGCCUAAUCUGUCCACUGGGGUCAACUGCUCCUUUGAGGAUUUCACAGAGACUGAGGGACGAAUAAUGGACGGGAGGAUCUACUGCAGGUCCCCAUCUGCCAGAGAAGUUAUCCCCAUCACCAGAGGCCAGGGGGACAAGCGGGUGGUGAAGCUGUAUCUAAAAUCUAAAGAAACUGGGAAGAAGUUUGCCAGCACUGAUUUUGUGUUCUACAACUGCAGCGUUCACCAGUCUUGUCUCUCCUGUGUCAAUGGCUCUUUCCCCUGUCACUGGUGCAAAUACCGUCAUGUCUGCACACAGAAUGCUGCAGAUUGCUCCUUCCAGGAAGGCCGUGUGAAUGCAUCUGAGGAUUGUCCACAGAUUCUACCAUCCACCAAGAUCUUCAUCCCCGUGGGGGUGGUGAAGCCCAUCACUCUGACUGCCAAGAACCUGCCCCAACCCCAGUCAGGACAGCGCAGCUACGACUGCAUCUUCAACAUCCAGGGCUUCGAGAAACGGGUGCCCGCUCUUCGGUUCAACAGCACCAGCGUCCAGUGCCAAAACACCUCGUACUCGUAUGAAGGAAACGACAUCAGUGACCUGCCUGUUGAUCUCUCCGUGGUCUGGAAUGGAGACUUUGUCAUCGACAAUCCUGCCAACAUUAAAGCCCAUCUGUACAAGUGCACAGCGCUUCGGGAGAGCUGUGGGCUGUGUCUGAAGGCUGAUCCGAAGUUUGAGUGCGGGUGGUGUGUGUCGGAGAUGAAGUGCCUGCUCCGGCAGCACUGCCAAGCCCCUGAGAGUAUCUGGAUGCACCAGAGCAGCAAGAACAGCAGAUGUACUGAUCCCAAAAUCACCAAGCUGGUGCCAGAGACUGGGCCCAGGGAAGGAGGAACUAGACUGACAAUCACUGGCGAAAACCUGGGCCUAAAAUUCUCGGAAAUUCGUUAUGGUGUGCGUGUGGGCCUGGUCCGAUGUAUCCCCAUUGAAGAGCAUUACAUCAGAGCUGAGCAGAUUGUGUGCGACAUGGAGGAGGCUAUCCCUAAUACUCCAGCCGAGGACCAUGUGAAAGUUUGUGUGGUGGAGUGCAGUGUCGACUACCAGGCAAUCUCACCCAAAGUCUUCACCUUCGUGACCCCAAUGUUCAGCAAAGUACGACCAGCACAGGGUCCUGUGUCUGGCGGCAGCCGUGUGACUAUUGUGGGCAACCACUUGAAUGCUGGAAGCUCUGUGACGGUCUUCAUAGGCGGAAGCGGACUGUGUCAGUUUGAAUGGAGAAGUCCGAAGCAGAUUGUCUGUGUGACGUCAAGCUCCACCCAGGGCAUCGGUCCAGCAGCUAUUGCGGUCAGCAUCAACCGAGCUCGCCUGGUGAACCCCAACGUGAAAUACAACUACACAGAAGACCCCACCAUCUCCAGAAUUGAGCCGGAAUGGACCAUAGCCAGUGGUGGAACCGAGAUCACCGUCACCGGUACCAACCUCGCCACCAUCCAGGAGCCCAGGGUUCGAGCCAAGUAUGGUUUCAAACAGUCCAGCAACGAAUGCAAAGUGUUGAACGACACUGUCAUGGUCUGCAAAGCCCCAUCUAUAGUGAACAAACAGCGGGUUGUGACCGAGAACGGUGAGCGGCCGGACGAAAUCGGCUUCAUCAUGGACGACGUCCAGUCAGUGCUCGUCGUCAACGGAACAGGAUUUGUUUACUACCCCGACCCGGUCUUCGAGCCGCUGAGUCCAUCCGGGACCCUUGAACUGAAGCCGAGCUCAACGGUUUUACUGAAGGGAAGGAACCUGAUUCCCCCAGCCCCGGGCAAUGUCAAGCUGAACUACACAGUGCUGAUAGGGGACAACCCCUGUGUGCUGACUGUCUCCGAGACACAGCUGCUGUGUGAGCCCCCAAACCUGACCGGGGAGCACAGAGUGUUGAUAAAAGUGGGGGGACUGGAGUAUUCCCCAGGAGUGCUGCACAUCUACUCGGAAAGUCUGCUCACGCUGCCAGCCAUCAUCGGCAUCGGGGGAGGGGGUGGCCUCCUGCUUCUCAUCAUCGUCAUUGUGCUCAUCGCGUACAAGAGGAAGUCGCGGGAUGCCGACCGCACAUUGAAGAGGCUUCAACUGCAGAUGGACAACCUGGAGUCCAGAGUAGCUUUGGAAUGCAAGGAAGCAUUUGCGGAGUUACAGACCGACAUUCACGAGCUCACCAGUGACCUGGAUGGUGCUGGGAUCCCAUUCCUGGAUUAUCGGACUUACGCCAUGAGGGUGCUCUUCCCCGGGAUAGAGGACCAUCCAGUCCUCAAGGAGCUGGAGGUGACCUCCAACGUGGAGAAGGCCCUGACUCUCUUCGGACAGCUGCUGAAUAAGCAGGUCUUCCUGCUGACAUUCAUCCGCACCUUGGAGGCCCAGCGAAGCUUUUCGAUGCGUGACCGGGGUAACGUGGCAUCGCUGAUCAUGACUGGACUCCAAGGCGAGAUGGAGUAUGCCACUGGGGUCCUGAAACAGCUCCUGUCAGACCUCAUCGAGAAAAACCUGGAGAGCAAAAACCAUCCCAAGCUGCUGCUCCGAAGGACUGAAUCUGUAGCUGAGAAGAUGCUGACAAACUGGUUCACAUUCCUCUUGUACAAGUUCCUCAAGGAGUGUGCUGGGGAGCCGCUGUUCAUGCUGUACUGUGCCAUCAAGCAGCAGAUGGAGAAAGGCCCCAUCGACGCAAUCACAGGGGAGGCACGUUACUCUCUGAGUGAAGACAAGCUCAUUCGCCAGCAAAUAGACUACAAAACCGUGACCCUAAACUGCGUGAACCCGGAGAAUGAGAACUCACCUGAAAUCCCUGUCAAAGUGCUGAACUGCGACACCGUCACCCAGGUGAAGGAUAAACUCUUGGAUGCCGUCUACAAGGGCGUUCCUUACUCUCAGCGGCCAAAGGCAGCGGACAUGGACCUGGAAUGGCGCCAGGGUAGGAUGGCUCGGAUAAUCCUCCAGGACGAAGAUGUGACCACAAAGAUUGACAACGACUGGAAGCGUCUGAAUACACUGUCGCACUACCAGGUUACAGACGCCUCGAUGAUAGCACUUGUACCGAAACAAACCUCAGCCUAUAAUAUCUCAAACUCCUCCACCUUCACCAAAUCCCUCAGCCGCUAUGAGAGCAUGCUGAGGACAGCCAGCAGCCCAGAUAGCCUGAGGUCACGCACUCCCAUGAUUACACCAGACCUGGAGAGUGGCACCAAGCUCUGGCACCUGGUGAAGAACCACGAUCAUAUGGACCAGAGGGAAGGCGAUCGGGGCAGCAAAAUGGUGUCUGAGAUCUACCUAACACGUCUGCUUGCUACUAAGGGCACCCUUCAGAAGUUUGUGGACGAUCUGUUUGAGACGAUCUUCAGCACGGCACACAGGGGCAGUGCCCUGCCUCUUGCCAUCAAGUACAUGUUUGACUUCCUGGAUGAGCAGGCGGACAAGCACACAAUCAAUGACCAUGAUGUCCGACACACCUGGAAGAGCAAUUGUCUACCUCUACGGUUUUGGGUGAAUGUUAUCAAGAACCCACAGUUUGUCUUUGACAUUCACAAGAACAGUAUCACAGAUGCCUGUCUCUCUGUGGUAGCUCAGACCUUCAUGGAUUCCUGCUCAACCUCUGAGCACAAACUAGGCAAGGACUCGCCCUCAAACAAACUACUGUACGCAAAGGACAUUCCAAACUACAAAAACUGGGUUGAAAGAUACUACUCAGAUAUCUCGAAGAUGCCAGCAAUCAGUGACCAGGACAUGAGCGCCUACCUGGCAGAACAGUCACGACUACACUUGAGCCAAUUCAACAGCAUCAGUGCACUGCACGAGAUCUACUCCUACAUCAACAAGUACAAGGAUGAGAUCUUGUCCGCCCUUGAGAAGGAUGACCAAGCCCGGAGACAGCGACUGCGGAGUAAGCUGGAACAAGUCAUCGACGCAAUGGCCUGCAGCAGUUGAGCGGGUGCCGUGGGAGAAAUCGCGGUUGACGCCCAGUACUGGAAGCGUGUGGGGGAACAGGGGGACUUGAAAUGGAGCAGUGCACCUGGGGGUUCAGGGGGAUUGAGCACUGAGCAGCGUUGGAGACGACUCGGCAAAUUCUCCUGCCACGUUACAUGGGUCAUGUGACGGGCGGAC